AUGCAUCCGGGGCCCCAGACGCGCAUUGUGAAGGUGUUUUGCAGUGCAGCUCGUGGUACCCGUCGUCACCAUGGGACUCCCCGGUUCAGCAAUGUCUAUCUCAUUAGCGGGCUCGCGACCAUCGGCGGCCUUAUUCAGGGCUUCGAUGUGUCCAGCAUGUCUGCGAUAAUUGGCACGCCACAGUACAAGGAGUACUUCAACAAGCCCGAUUCCGUUCUGCAGGGCGGUAUUACCGCCAGUAUGGCAGGUGGCUCGUUGCUUGGGUCGUUGGUCUCGUCGUGGACGAGCGAUCGUUUUGGCCGUCGCGAUUCAAUGUCCAUUGCGUGCAUCAUCUGGCUGAUUGGCUCGACCCUAAUGUGUGCCGUUCAGAACGUACCCAUGUUGAUCGUGGCCCGUAUUUUCAAUGGAUUUGCGGUUGGAAUGCUCACUAGCCAAGGGCCAAUUUUGAUCGCAGAGAUCAGUCUUCCUCAUCAGCGCGGUCGCCUCAUAUCUUUACAACAGUGGAUGAUUACAUGGGGUAUUCUGAUCAUGUACUUCAUCAGCUACGGGGCAUCCUUCAUGAGCGGCUAUGGAUCUUUCCGUCUACCAUGGGGUCUGCAGAUGAUUCCCGCGAUUAUAUUGCUCUGCCUCCUGCCGAUGAUGCCGCGCUCACCGCGUUGGCUCGCAUCGCAAGAUCGGUGGGAGGAAGCUAUUGAAGUACUGGCACGACUUCACGCCAAAGGAAAUACGCUUCAUCCUAUUGUGGUGGCGGAAACAAAAGAAAUCAGAGAGAAAAUCGAACUCGAACGCCAAUACCAGAGCACAUCCUGGCUCGAAUUGUUUAAUUCCCGCAAUAUUAUCCGCGUUCACUGUGGAAUCUUCACGCACAUCUGGUCUCAAAUGUCCGGAACUAACGCCAUGAUGUACUACAUCGUCUAUAUUUUCCAGAUGGCCGGCCUCACGGGAAACACCGCUCUGCUGUCCGCAUCGAUCCAGUAUAUUAUCAAUGUGGUCAUGACUCUGCCCGCACUGAUAUUCAUUGACCGACUUCCUCGACGCUGGCUUUUUAUUGGAGGUGCUUUAGCUAUGGCAGUCCUUCAAUUUACACAGGCAGGCCUCAUGGCCUCCUAUGGUCAUGCUGUUCCAGGGGGUCUUCCUAACUCCCCAACCGUGACAUGGAAAGUCACCAACGGCAAAGCAUCUAAGGCAAUUAUUGCCUGUUCAUAUCUAUUUAUUGCGUGCUAUGCGCCCACUUGGGGACCUUUGGGAUGGGCGUAUCCACCGGAGAUCAUCCCAUUAUACAUUCGCAGCAAAGCGGUAUCACUCGCCACGUUCUUCAACUGGGCAUGCAACUUUGCUCUUACCUUCUUUACUCCUCCAGCAUUCCAGAAUAUCCAGUGGAGGCUCUACUGUGUAUUCGGCACCUUCUGUGUGGCAGCCUCCAUCCAUGUGUUCCUCCUGUUCCCGGAGACAUGCGGCAAAUCUUUGGAAGAAGUUGAUGAGAUAUUUGAGAAACAAAGCAUCUGGGCUUUCAAGGCCAGGACCGAACCAAGCAGAUUUGCUGCCGAUAUUGAACAAGCCAAGGAGGAUUUAAGUGCGGGCAAGAUUGCAGCGAACUAUGCCGAAGAACCAAAGGCAUAA